GGGCUCCGAAUUCUAAUUCGCCUGCUUAUCAGUCUGUUGCUAACUGUGUACGGCUAAGCAGCUUAUAACGCCAAUCUUCCAUCACUUUCCACAGUUCCUCAGUCAAUUCAUCUCCGCCUUCAAUAGACCAAUACUAUAUAUACCUCGUGCCAUUUGCAGUAAUCCUACAACAAUUUCCAAACCAAGCAUGGCGUCUUUCAAAUCUGCUCUUUCACUGUUGCUGCUUUCUAUAACUCUUCUUGUUAUGGUUGCCGAGGCUGGUAACUUCAACCAGGACUUUCAGAUUACAUGGGGAGAUGGCCGAGCCAAGAUACUCAACAAUGGCCAACUUCUUACUCUCUCCCUCGACAAAGCCUCUGGCUCUGGUUUUGAAUCCAAAAAUGAAUAUCUCUUCGGCAAAAUCGAUAUGCAGCUCAAGCUUGUUCCUGGAAACUCUGCUGGAACUGUCACUGCCUACUACUUACGCUCAGAAGGAUCAUUAUGGGAUGAGAUAGACUUUGAGUUCUUGGGCAACCUGAGUGGUGACCCUUACAUUCUUCACACCAAUGUGUUCAGCCAAGGCAAAGGAAACCGAGAGCAGCAGUUCUAUCUCUGGUUCGACCCAACCGCGGAUUUCCACUCCUAUUCCAUUCUCUGGAAUCCUCAUCGCAUUGUUUUCUCUGUGGAUGGAACUCCCAUUAGAGAGUUCAAGAACAUGGAAUCACUUGGCGUUCCAUUCCCAAAGAACCAGCCAAUGAAACUAACCUCUAGUCUCUGGAAUGCUGAUGAUUGGGCAACUAGAGGAGGGCUUGUGAAGACAGAUUGGAGCAAAGCUCCUUUCACUGCUUCCUACGGGAACUUCAACGCCGAUAAGGCUUGUAUUUGGUCAAGGACCAAAAAAGCAUCUUCAUGCAGUUCGUCAUCGUCAAGUUCUACAAAACCUGGUAAUGAAUGGCUCGCAGAAAAACUCGACACAACGAGGCAGGCGAGGCUGAGAUGGGUGCAGAAGAACUACAUGAUCUAUAAUUACUGCUCUGACAUUAAGAGAUUUCCUCAGGGGCUCCCUACUGAAUGCAAGUCGUGAAAUCAUGACUCGAAUGCAUCGCUCAAUUCUCUGAUUAAUGGUUUUGUUGUAAACUAAUUAGUAGGUUGAUCAAGUUCAUCAUACGUACAUUUUAAUAAAUCAUUCACACCAUGCAGUUUUAUAU